AUGUCCAUCGAGGCCGCGAGCAAAUUCAAACUUCUUGACCGACAUUCGGAGACGCGCGCGAUCUGUCCAACUGCGAGGCACUUGGAGCGCAUCUUGGUAGCUCUUACCCCUCCACCCAAAACCCGUCCUGUCGAUGGGACUCGAGAUGCCAUUUUGACCCCAGGCGGAUGUGAGAUCUCGAAUUUGCGAAAGCGCAAACGGAAAUUGGAUGAGGAGCACGCGAUAGAUACACUGGGAACCUUGCACUUCAAGCCCAUGGCAUCCGAGCAGACUGGAGUAUCCGCUCCUUUCAGUACGAACUCGACGGAACCCACCACUUCGGACCUAGAUCCGGCGCGGGCAAAAUCAUUGCAGCGUGGUCGGUUGGAUCAAAUUCCAGCAAGUUUAUCAUCGAUUGCGGAUGCUGGACUGGAAGGAUCGCCGUCCUCAAAACCGUCACGAACGAAGGAAAUGUUUUCUCCGGGACCAGGAUACGUUCCCAUCGCUCUCACCGGAGAGGCAGCCUUGGUGGAGGAAAGAAGGAGAGUGGAGGAUUAUCAACGGAGACAGCAGCCUGCAAUGAGUGAAAACCCAGGGCAUAGGGCCAUGUCGGCACUUAUUGGUGGUGGAGUUGGAAUGAGCAAGCCACAGGACGCGCCGGUUGCGACGACCAGCAUGAGUGAAGGAAUGGCCUCAGCUGCAAGUGUGAUCUCCAUCCCUAGUCCUUCGCAUCAUGGAGAAAGGCACGACACCAGCCCAUCAAGUGUGACGAGCCUCGCCAGCUUGGGCAGUUCGGCUCAAACAGCAACAGCAAGCUCAGCAAUUGUCGCUAGUCCUGGGGCCAUGACAAGUGCCAUUGAUGCUGAAGCACGAGAUUAUAGGCCCGGAAACAACAAUCAAUUACAGAUACCUGUUGAUGAGCAGCACUCCAACCGUGCAUUGACAUUUCCAGAUAAUCUACUUGGACAACUGGAUCCUUCACGAACACCUUCUAGAGGAAUGAGUCUUCCUGCGCCAAGUCAACACCUGGCUCCGAGAUCGCCGUCACACAAGAAGCACAAAUGUCCAUAUUGUGAGACUGAGUUCACGCGUCACCACAAUCUUAAGAGCCAUCUUUUGACACAUAGCCAAGAAAAGCCGUAUGUCUGCCAGACAUGCCAAAUGAGAUUUCGACGAUUGCAUGAUCUCAAGCGGCAUAUGAAAUUACAUACUGGAGAACGACCGCACGUCUGCCCAAAGUGUGACCGGAAAUUUGCUCGGGGGGACGCACUUGCUCGACAUGCCAAAGGGCAAGGUGGUUGUGCUGGCAGGCGUGCCAGUAUGGAAAGUUUUGGUGGGGAUGAUGAUUACGAGGGCUCGAAUGCUGGUGAUGGUGAUGAAAGUGUGAUGGACGGCGUUCUAUAUGCAAAUGGUUCAUCACAACCAAACGAAAAUGAGAUGACUGAAGAGGAGCGUCGGCGCUUCAGCCUCCCGAGUAUCAAAGCACAGCACGUAUCUGGACCUGCUAGCGGAGACAGCUAUGGCUCUCACUCUCGCGCACCUAGUACAUAUCCCCCUGUAGGGCCGAGACCAGGACAGCUCUAUCCACCAAAUGCUGACCGAGGCGGACCUCCGACUUCGACUACUCCUAGCAUGCAGAGCAGUGCGGCUAAUGGGCACACACCUAACACAAGCACAACCUCUACCAUGCCACCGAGUACAGGAGGCUCUAUGUUUUCACAGAGUGGAAUGACAGAAAGUCCCAAACCGCUCAGUCCAGCUGGCACGCACUCACACCAGCUUGGACAUGACCCCUCCAUCAACAGACAAAGGUCCCCAAGUCUGACUGCACAAUUCCAACAACAACAUUUCGGACGUCGACAGUCGGGCAUAUCAUCUCCUCCAGUCAUGUCCCCUGGGAUGUCACUCCCAUCUCUCCAUGGUACUUCACAUGCUCCUAAACUACCUGGUCUCGCCGGCUUGGCACCACCAGACCCGAGAUAUACUCUUUCCAGUCAGGCACAAACCCAGCAAGUAUCGACUAAUGGUCCUCACGGUGGUCACUUAGGUCAACCCGCUGGUGGCCCUGCGUCUCCCAGUGCGAUGUUUCAGGCCCAAGGUGGUCAUACAUCUAGUCGAGGUCAGUCUACCGGCCUAAUGCACCAAGGCAGUGGUGAUAGCAGUAACAAUCUGUUCGCAUCCGGAGACAGAGGCAUGUGGAACUAUGUCCAGCAACUAGAGGGGCAGGUCAAACAGUUGUCAGAAAAGGUUCAGGCUAUGGAAAGCAAUGAGAAAAGCCAGGAGGACAAGAUUGGUCAGCUGUGUGAGGAAGUCAUGCGAUUAAGACGCUUGCUGGACUCCCCGAGCCAGCCCCAGCAGUCAAUCCUACAUGGACACUCGCAGCAAUAA